AUGCAACGUUCAGCAAUAUCUUCCUCUUCAGCCAAGAACGUGUGCCAUCAAAUUCUCCGGCUCCGACGACAAAUCGAGCCAGCGAAAAACCGGACACCAUGCGACGUGUUCAUAAACCACAGAGGAAUUGACACAAAAAGAAAUGUAGCAGGAUUGUUGUAUGAGCACAUUAAGAAUAAUCUUGGGCUGCAGCCAUUUUUGGACAGUAAGAACAUGAAACCAGGGGAUAAAUUGUUCGAUAAAAUCGAUCCAGCGAUUCGCAAUUGUAAAAUUGGGAUGGCUGUUUUCUCCCCUCAGUAUUGUGAUUCUUAUUUUUGCUUGCAUGAGUUGUCUCUAAUGAUGGAAUCAAAGAAGAGGGUUAUACCAGUUUUUUGUGAUGUUAAACCUUCGGAACUUGCUAUUAAAGAGUUGAAUGUUAAUUUUCCGAAUAAGGAUUUGGAGAAGUUUAACUUGGCUCUUGAGGAGGCAAAAUACACCGUUGGACUCACAUUUGAUACUUUAAAAGGGGACUGGUCGGAGUUCCUGGUGAAAGCUUCGGAUGCAAUAAUGAAGAACUUGUACGAGGUAGAAAGAGAGAAGCUGAUCCACAGAAAGAUAUAUAUUCGUCGAAAACAACUUUUACACAACUAUUGAUCGAUGAUAAAUAAAAGAGGAUCUAUAUA